UCCACUCGUUGCUGCAGUCGUACGGCGGCUCCUUGAGGAGGCCCCGCGGUCUCGGCCGCAGCCUGAGUUCCUACCUGAAUCGGGCCACCAGACUCGAAAUAGUUCAUGAAGACAUCAAGAUGAACUCUGGUGGAGAAAGUGAUCCCCCUUCGUCUUCAGAUGAUGUCCAGAGUCCGGUCCGAGUCCGACUGAGGAACAAGAAGAUCUCAACGGAGGACAUCAACAAGCGUCUGUCGUUGCCGGCAGAUAUCCGUCUUCCUGAUGAUUACCUGGAGAAGUUCAGUGUGAUUGGUCCGGCUCUGUUCGAGCAGCCAAUCAGCAGGCGGCUCCGCCGAGUGUCUCUGUCGGAGAUCGGGUUCGGGAAACUGGAGACGUACAUCAAGCUGGACAAACUGGGAGAGGGGACCUACGCCACGGUGUACAAAGGUCGCAGCAAGCUGACCGACAACCUGGUUGCCCUGAAAGAGAUCCGCCUGGAACAUGAAGAGGGAGCUCCCUGCACAGCAAUCAGAGAAGUGUCUCUGCUGAAGGACCUGAAACACGGCAACAUCGUGACGCUUCAUGACAUCAUCCACACGCAGAAAUCCCUCACGCUGGUCUUUGAGUACCUGGACAAAGAUCUGAAGCAAUACCUGGACGACUGUGGAAACGUCAUCAAUGUUCACAACGUCAAGUUGUUUCUCUUCCAGUUGCUCCGCGGUUUGUCCUACUGUCACCGGAGGAAAGUUCUCCACCGAGACCUGAAGCAGAACCUGCUGAUCAACGAGCGAGGGGAGCUCAAGCUGGCCGACUUUGGUUUGGCCCGAGCCAAGUCCAUCCCAACAAAAACGUACUCCAAUGAGGUGGUGACGCUGUGGUACCGGCCGCCGGACAUCCUGCUGGGCAGCACCGACUACUCCACCCACAUCGACAUGUGGGGUGUUGGGUGUAUCUUCUAUGAGAUGGUGACGGGUCGCCCUCUCUUUCCUGGCUCUACAGUUGAGGAGGAGCUUCACUUCAUCUUCAAGCUGUUGGGAACGCCCAGAGAGCGAAGCUGGCCUGGAAUCAGUUCCAACCAGGAGUUCCUGGCUUAACUUCCCCAGUACCGAGCCGAGAGGCUGAACAGCCACACCCCCAGGCUCAGCAGUGAAGGAGUGGAGCUGCUGUCAAAGUUCCUGCAGUUUGAAGGGAAGAAAAGGAUCUCUGCUGACGAGGCCAUGAAACAUCGCUACUUCAGUAACCUUGGAAACAGAGUGACAUCACUUCCUGACACGGCGUCCAUCUUCAGUCUGUCGGAGAUCCAGCUGGAGAAGGAGAGCGUGAGGCCGCCGGCAGCUCCUGAUCCAGCUACCAGCCCGACGCGGAGGCGGAGUCUGCUCUUCUGACACUGAAGGAGGCGGAGCCAUCUGAACGGAAAAUGACCACAGGAAGUGACAUUUUACUUUGAAGGCGCUGAGACUACUGAGGUGAAACAAAGAAAACACUACAGAUGACCGGAAUGUGAAGAAAACUUGUUUACAGACGAUGCAAUAAUGAAUCAUAGCAGCUACCGACAAUCAGAGGGCAGCAUGUUUCAGAAACAAACCAAUCAGCUUCUGUCUUCCAAGACUUAAAAUCCAAACAUGGCAGACCAGGAGCAUCAUCUCCAGCUUAUGACAUCAUCAUGAUGAUGUCACAUUGCAGGUGGAACGGGUCCCUGACAGGUGAUUCCAGGAACCAGUCACCUGGUUCCAGUUCCAGGUCACAUGACCUGACAGCGGAACAGGUCCAGGUUAGCGUUUAGCUCGUUAACUGCUAACGGGUUUCUGGCCUGUCACCAGGUGGAACGACCAGGUGCGUUCCACAUCUGGUUAAUAACAUUUCUGCUGGACGAAGCCAUCUGGACUCUUAUUGUGAAAGUUCUCUGCUGCUUCCUGUGUUAAUGUUUCUGUUACGAUGAAACUCAGUGACAAAAUUUACAGUAAACCAGCUGGAUUCCCAGGUACAGAUUGAUAUGAUGGGGCAGAUAACGGGCAGAUAGCUGUACAGUGGGGUAGAUAGCUGCGCAGUGGGGCAGAUAGCUGUGCAGUGGGGCAGAUAGCUGCGCAGUGGGGUAGAUAGCUGCGCAGUGGGGUAGAUAGCUGCGCAGUGGGGCAGAUAGCUGUGCAGUGGGGCAGAUAGCUGCGCAGUGGGGUAGAUAGCUGCGCAGUGGGGUAGAUAGCUGCGCAGUAGUGGGCAGAUAGCUGCGCAGUGGGGCAGAUAGCUGCGCAGUGGGGUAGAUAGCUGCGCAGUGGGGUAGAUAGCUGCGCAGUGGGGCAGAUAGCUGCGCAGUGGGGCAGAUAGCUGUGCAGUGGGGCAGAUAGCUGCGCAGUGGGGCAGAUAGCUGCGCAGUGGGGCAGAUAGCUGCGCAGUGGGGUAGAUAGCUGCGCAGUGGGGUAGAUAGCUGUGCAGUGGGGCAGAUAGCUGUGCAAUGGGGCAGAUAGCUGCGCAGUGGGGCAGGUAACGGGGCAGAUUGCAUGCUCUCCCUGUCCGGUCUCUCUGGGUUUUCCAGCAUCCUGACUGUUAAUCUGAUCGUGUCGCCGUCUGAUCAGAAGC